UAGUCAGCAGCAGUUGCUGCUGCCCUCUCCAGCCCCUCUGUGGGGGCUCCUACCCAGAAUAAAAGCAGGGGCAGGCCUUCCAGUCUCCCAUCUUCUCUCUCAGGAGCCACCUCUCCUCCUUUGGUCCUUUCUAGGUCCUACCUCCACUGGAGAGCCUAAGGCAACAUGCCUCCCAAGAAGCCCGAGCCUAAGAAGGAGGCUGCCAAGCCGGCUGCAGCCCCUGCUCCAGCUGCAUCCGCUCCGGAGCCCCUCAAGGACUCUGCCUUUGACCCAAAGAGUGUGAAGAUAGACUUCAGUGCUGACCAGAUCGAAGAAUUCAAAGAGGCCUUUUCAUUGUUUGACCGGACUCCAACGGGAGAGAUGAAGAUCACCUACGGGCAGUGUGGGGACGUGCUGCGGGCCCUGGGCCAGAACCCCACCAACGCAGAAGUGCUGCGCGUUUUGGGCAAACCCAAGCCUGAAGAGAUGAGUUCCAAGACACUGGACUUCGAGAUGUUCCUGCCUAUCCUGCAACACAUCUCCCGCAACAAGGAGCAGGGCACCUAUGAGGACUUCGUGGAGGGGCUGCGGGUCUUUGACAAAGAAAGCAACGGCACAGUCAUGGGUGCCGAGCUUCGGCAUGUCCUUGCCACCCUGGGAGAGAAGAUGAGCGAGGCAGAGGUGGAGCAGCUGUUGUCUGGGCAGGAGGAUGCCAAUGGCUGCAUCAACUAUGAAGCCUUUGUCAAGCACAUCAUGUCUGGGUAAAGCACGUUUCUCCAGGGUGCUUGGCCCUGCGUGAGAAAGCAAGAGAUCCACAGCGGCUGUUACUGUUACGGAGUAUUGGACUCACACGGCUUCUCUGACCCUCAACGUCCCUGGAAAUAAAGAGCCCCAGCUUGGAGUCUCAUUAA